AUGCCGUGGGUGCGAGGAGCUGGAUCUAGAGCGGAACAAAAAAAUUGCCGCUCGGUUGAUGAUGAUGGGCGGACGGAGGACGAAACUCGGAAGGCCGUGCUUAAGAAAGCGCAGGAGGGUCAUGAAGAACUUAUAAGGAGCCUGGAUAAUGCCUAUGCCAAAGAGGCGACUGCCCAGGAACCUGUCAUAAGUGAUGAUCGGCCUCAUCUGGACCAGCCAACCCUACCAGAGAUAGGCGAUGCACUUCUGGUAGCCCGACGACCCAAUGACGGUGAAGCUGCAUCGCACCAUUGCUGUGCCGGAGCUUGGUCAAGCUCCGCGAGUCACAGAAUGUCGUGAGUGGGAUGCUAAGGGGAAAGCGCUGGGCGGUCGCGCAAAGAAUAGAUGAGCUGGAGCAGGUCAGCGCAGACGGAGAGGGCACGGCUGAGGAGAAAGAAGGGUUAAACCGAGAGGUUGGCUGCUGGCGGGCGGCGGAGCUUGGCCGCGCGAGCCAACUAUCGUCAUUCCAAGGUUGUUUGUUCGUGGUCUUCAACACCACCACGACCUCGUUGCGCCCAACGCGGAUGAGCUUCUGGAUACCGCAGAUGCGUCGACGCGACAGUUCGGAGAGGAGGAUCAUGCCGUCAAUAUUAUCUGCAAUCAUUAGCUUCUCUCGCCUCGACUUCCCGGAAAACCCAUCAUAUUCCAAAAGCUUCACGUACGCUCCCAUCUCUGCGAUCUGCUUCACGUUCACCAUCACGAAGCUCUCCACCUGGAUAUUUCUCCUCAUGAAAGCGGCGAUUUGUGAGAGA